AUGCGUCCCAUCCUCGCCAAAGAGUCCCUCUGGGUGUACCCCCUGUUCGCCGGUGUGGGUGGAAGCUUCGGUUACUGGCUCCAGGGUGUCGAGGACAGACAGCUCAAGAUUCUCGCACAGCGCCGGGAGGCCAUCCUCGAGAAGCGUCGGAGACGGGAUGAGGGCACAUUGAGCAAGGUCGAAGAGGCCGGUACUCUGGCCGCGACGUCGUGA